AUGGAAAAGAAAAUUCGGGAGACCAGACAGGAGGCCGAGGUGCAGGCUAAGAGGAAGGCAGACAUCCUGAUCCAGACCGAGGACAGUGGUGGCCGCGGAGGCCGUGGCAGCUCAGGACCUAGUGCAAGCAGCAAAAUCACCCUGAUUCUUCAGAGGCUCUUCAGGUUCUCCUCUCUCAUUCGGUCUGCAGUCUCAGUUCAUUUGAGGAGGAACACUGGUGUUACAGCAGUGGCAUUUAAUAAGGAACUUGAUCCUGUACAGAAACUCUUCGUGGACAAGAUUAGAGAAUACAGAACUAAGCGACAGGCAUCUGGAGGAGCCACUGAUACUGGCCCAGAGUACCAGCAAGACCUAGAGAGGGAGCUUUUUAAGCUUAAGCAAAUGUAUGGUAAAGCAGACAAGAAUAUGUUCCCGGACUUCAAAUCUGAAGAUCCUAAAUUUGAAGCCAUCGAAAAACCCCAGUCCUGAAGAAAGAAUGUAAAAUGUAUUUGGUAAUUUGUCCUAGAUUAGUUGUACAGCU